CAUAACCGCAAAUUCUACUGUGCUAGUCGGUAGUCGCUGGAAUUUAAAUUCAAAUUUCAUUUUUAUAACAUCAAUACAAACUACAAAUUACAAUUUACUGGCCAAAGUCCUAAUGUGUAUACUAUAAUAAUAUUAUUUUUUUUAGACAUUUUAUGUUCAAACAAUAAAAAUCGCGUUCGACAAAAUGUUAUAAAAUCUGAUGAUUUAUUGUUUAAUUCAUAUUGUACCUACAGUUCUUUUUCCAAAGAAUCGAGUGAUUUUGGUUUUGAUAUUCUACAGUACUCUAGUUAUAACAAAACGAUAAUACAAAGUUAUCAUUUAUGAACCAUUUUAUUAGUUUGGUGGUUGGAUAGAAGUUGAUGUAAUCUUUUGGCAGAAUUAUAAAUUUCCCAAGUGUACUGAAAUGGCGUCAUUUGAUUUGAGAAGAGAAUUGCAAUCUAGGGGACCCGUAGCAAAUUUAAACAGAAGUAUCGCUAACAAAAAACAUACUUUACAUUUUGACGGUCGUUUUGUCAGCAAAUCAGAUCGGUACCAGUUGGAAUCAUACGGCCUUUACACCCCAAAUCCCGUUCUUGAAGGCCUGAGUUUGUCGCAUAAAAACAAAAUUUUAUGGUCUGCUCGACUAUCUGAAAGCCUGUGGGCGUGGUUUGUGUACGGUCGCAAGCUUCUGGUAUGGAACGCAGAAAACAAUAAAGAAAGAAAAAUGAACCCUUGUUUUGAACUUGGAUUACCUGCAAGUGAAGUUGCUCACCAAGCCGCUUUGGUAUGGGUGUACGAACCUGAAACGGGAAAAUCGUCUUCGCAUGCUUGUUGUAUCGCUGUGUCUCCAGAGGGAUUAAUACGAUUUUGGAGAGACGUCUAUGACGAAGUUGUGUAUAUCGAGCACAAUACAGAACUGAUGGGAAAAGAAUGUGAAUACCUGUAUCAAGUGGACAGUUCGAGAUUCAUUUUAUUAACAACCACCGCCGACUUAGUAAUGGUAACUAUUAACAUGGACAAUAUCCGACCACAAAUAACGAGUAAAAUAUUAACCGAAUCCACCGGUUGGCUGGGAAAUAUAUCUAUGAACUUGUCAUCGCUUGUUUUCGGUUCGGCCGGUCAACAAUCAGAUCCUAAAACCGUUUGUGGCUGUGUAGUUAGAAGUACCUACAAUUACACUGAGCGUUUAUACGUAGUGGCUACAAACGGUACAACAUUAACCAAAUGGAAUGUUUCAGCACCGAAUAGAGAAAAGCAAUUGUUUGAAGUCAAUUUGGCCAGUUCGCUACAAGAAAAAUUUUCUAUUAUGAUGUUCAACAGUGUUAGUACGGGUGAUAUGGACAUGGAAAUAAUUGAUAUGAAGCCAAUCAACAACCGAAACGAAGAAAUUAUCAUACUAAUCCAUACAAAACCAACUCAAGCGUACAACUAUUAUAUAUUAGCGACAAUUCAAGUCCAAGACAAUAAAUGUCCAAUAACUUCACUGCACGUGUUGAAUAAUAUCGAGAGUACGUAUUUGAAUGACUCGUCCUUGGAGUUGUUAGUUGCUGAACAACAAGUGUUCAUAUUAGCCAAGCAUUAUAUUAUUGUUGUUACUUUUGAGCCGGAGUUUCAAACUGAUGUCAUUGGGAAUGAUUGCGAUUUAAAAUUCGGAGGCGGGUCAAUAGUAAAUAACUAUGGUAUGUUCUUUACGCAAUCGCAUUGUUUAACAGUUGUUACUAGAAUAACCGAUUCCGAUUACGAUUUUAAUGAGUCCAGGAGUGUUCUUCAAGCGCCAGACUUUAAUCAGUCUGGCACGGGGCCGGUAGAAAUUGAAAGCGGUAGUAAUGAAACCAGACUUAAAUCUGCUUUUCUGCAGUUUGUAAGCCGCAAAAUAGAAAAUUGUAGAGCUUUAGUUAAACAAGCAUGCCCAGAAGAAUCGUCAGCCACUGAUGGGUGUAACUUAGAUAAAACUGUAUUUAAAGUUGGGGAAGAUCUAGUGAACGACAUCCCAAUCAACGAUCCCCGAUGGUUAGGCGUUCAAGGCGAACCAACAAUUAGAUCAUCGUCUAUGGUUAUUCUAAGCCACUUGGAGGAAAAACAACAGGCGAUACAUUGGUAUUUAAAAUUUUUACAAGAACUCGGUUUAUGGUCACGCAUGAGGAAAAUUAACAAGUACGGUACACAAGUAUAUACAGGAUGUGCACUAAAAGAUUUAAGUGAAAAACUACAAGCCACUGUGACAUUUAGAAAACUUGAAAGUGAACACAGUGAUUUGUUGGACUUAUUGAUUAAAGAUUGUGUAGGCAAUUAUGCCGAACAUUAUACUUCACCGCCCGGGCUUACACAUAUCGAUAAAUUUUACAAACAAGUCAGCAUGUCUCAUGUUCUUUUCAAAAGACUGUGUAAUUACGGCGAAGAAGUUGCGGCCACCAAUCGUAGUGCUGUGGAUAUAUGUGAUAUUUUAUGUAAAAUCAACAGUGUAUUGGUUAAAGUAAUCGGUGCUGUGUUGGAGUACAGAAGACAAAACGUUGAAUUCUUCCCAAUUGACAAACAGAAACAAACCGAAACAUCCUGGAUUUUGUGCAAAGGCGAUGAUGGUAUUUGUUCGGAACUUAUGGAUCAAAUAAACAUUACAUUGAAAUUCGCCGAAACGGCCAACGUGUCUAAAGAAAUACGUUCAGAAAUGUCUGACCACGUGUCGUUUUUAGUCGAUUCUAUUUUAUCGAGUUUUGUUGACGUGUGUUCGAGUUGUGAUACAAAAUAUACAGAUAUUAGAUACAAGUUACUCAAACAACUGGUCACCUACAAAGAACAUCACAAAGCAAUUGAAUUAGCUGAAAAAUAUGGCGAUUACAGAGUUAUUGUCGAAGUGUGUUAUAAAACGAGUAAUAUCGAACUACUGUAUAAUUUCAUGGACAAGUUGUAUGAUCAGAACUUUCGUCAAACUGUGUUUUCUUGGUACUUGGAACGAGAAAAGAUUGUGGAAUUUCUACGCAACUUUUGUCGUAAACAAAAAUAUGAACGUGACAUAGCCGUAGCAUUAGAAGAAUACCCAAAGUACGGUUGGAUAGCCGGAGGGUUGGCAGAAAAUUUGAACGUCGCUUGCGAAUCUCUCAAAAAGUGUUGGUCAAAAGAAGAAUCAAACGUCAUUAGGAAGCAAACCCAAUUGAACUUGUACAAAAUGGCAUGUUUGGCCAAAAACGGUCCAUUGGUCAAGAAUCCAGAAUUGGAACAAAUCGACAAACACUUGGAAAUGGUAAAUCAUCAGUUAAACAUUCCUGAAUGCGUUUUAGAAACAUUUGGCAUAAACUCGAACAACAUGCGGGUACUAUCGGCUAAAGAAAUAUUUAAUUUUUACAUUUGUAACGAAAACAUCAUGAUGGAUGAAAAUCAUUGCUUACGAGCUUUAUCGGUUCUAAGAUUUAUCGAAAGCAAUGAGGAGCGAGAAGAACUCAGUCGCCAAUUAUGGUGUGAAGCAAUUUUGAAAGAAACUCUUAAAUAUCCACUUCCCGAUCAAGAAAUCGACGACCCCGUACAAUUUGCAAGUAACCUGUUGUUUUUCAAAACGAUUACACUUGUUGGUGAAAGCGGUUUGGUAGACUUCUUGCCGUCUUUGGACUGGGUAUUAAAUGUAGAAGAACUAGAAAACUUUCAAUCUAACCCUGUGUGGCAAUAUAUUAUGAAAAUGGGAUUUGAAUAUUGUUUGAGACCCGCUGAAACAUCUGUGGAAUUUGAAAAUUAACAAGAAGAAAAAUGUUAACCAUAAUUUUGUAAUAGUUACAAUAUAAUUGUUUUUUUUUUUUUUAUGUAUAAAACAAGUUAAUAUUAAUUUCACUUACUUUUGAUAAUAUAUGUCUUUGUAUUGUAAUAAUUUUUGAAUUUCUUUAGACUUACUGAUCAAGUUAUCAUAAAACACUUGAUAUUUAUUGUGUAUACUAUAAUAUAGUGCAAAUGUAAUAAAUAAGUUAUAGCUAAAUUUUGUUUCGGAC